ACCAAACUUUCUUUCCCACGCUUUGGACUCUUUCUGGUUUCCAUAGCUCUCUCUCUGUCUCUCUCUGUCUCUCUCUCUCUCUCCUCUGUAGCUUUUUUUUUUUUCUUGCACUUCAAGGCUUUUUUUGGUACUCUGCAAUGGAGGCGAAGCUAAUGAAAGCUUCCUCGCCAGUAUUUCCACCUCCUCAUACAUCCAGAUUUUUUAGGACAAGUUGCUGCUUCGUUCCCAGAACCAGAAAAGAUCCUUCUACGUUAACGCCGCUAAGCUUGGCAAAGAGACGCAUUGUAUCAAUGCAAGCAUUUGCGUCUUCAAUUGGGUUGGAAAAGAAGAAAAGGGUCGAUGAGAGUGACAAUUUGACCCUUGAAAAUAUUAGACGUUCAUUGAUUCGACAAGAGGAUAGCAUAAUAUAUAGCCUUUUGGAGAGAUCCCAAUACUGUUAUAAUGCAGAUACCUAUGACCCAAAUGCUUUUGCCAUGGAUGGCUUCCAUGGCUCUUUAGUAGAUUUCAUACUCAAAGAGACUGAAAAACUUCACGCGCAGGUUGGCAGAUACAAGAGCCCUGAUGAGCACCCUUUCUUCCCUGACUUGCCAGAGCCAUUGUUGCCACCUCUGCAGUACCCACAGGUGUUACAUCCCAUUGCUGAUUCAAUUAAUGUAAAUAAGAAAGUAUGGGACAUGUAUUUCAGAGAUCUUCUCCCACGAUUGGUCAAGGAUGGAAAUGAUGGCAAUACUGGAUCGGCUGCUGUUUGUGACACAAUCUGCCUGCAGGCUCUCUCAAAAAGAAUUCAUUAUGGAAAAUUUGUAGCCGAAGCCAAAUUUCAGGCCUCACCAGAUGCAUAUGAAGCUGCCAUUAAAGCACAGGACGGAGAUAGAUUGAUGGAUUUGCUAACUUACAAGAAAGUUGAAGAUUCAAUCAAAAAGAGAGUGGUGAUGAAAGCGUUAACUUUCGGGCAAGAGGUGACAAUAUAUUGUGAGGAAGAUGGAAGUGACCCGGUAUACAAAAUAGAACCAAGCUUGGUUGCCGAUUUAUAUGGGGACUGGAUCAUGCCAUUGACAAAGGAAGUUCAAGUUAUGUAUUUGUUGAGAAGGUUGGAUUAAACUUUGCAACGGCUGUUUAUGAUUAUACAGAGAAUGUUUUUAGAAUACCAGCUGGAUGAUGCUAUGCUUGUAACUAGACAUGCAAAAGAUGACAGAGAUGCGAGAUUGCUCUGUAAAAAUUAUCAGACAUGGAUUUAGAUGAAUAAAAUUUCAAGUAUUAAAUUA